GUUUGUUAUUGUCUAUUUGCUGAUGAAUUCUGCACAACAGUGAUUAUAAAUUGCUGAACACAAUUUAAGGACUCAAUAUUGCGAAAAGUACGGCUGCAGUAAGCUCAAACAACUUGCGCUUAAAAUAAAACAAUAAAGCCCCACAAAAUGGUAAAAGCAUGUGCGGUCCUAAAUUGCCUCUCCAAUCGUUAUUUCUACGAAGGCAUCUACAUGUACCCGUUACCUAGAGAAAACCCGGACCUUUUAUCGACUUGGAUGCGUGCUUGCCGACGUCCGGAGGGAUAUAUUCCUCCCGGGUAUAUGUUUGUUUGUGAGAAACACUUUGAUCAUUCAGUUGUAACCAGAAACUCUCGGGAUACCCGAGGUAAACUGUUAGCAGGCGCGGUACCAACACUGAACUUAGACUGCGAACUCCAACCUGCGGUCGAAAAGCAUUCAGCACCUCUUAAUUCCGAAAAAGGAUGCAAAAUGAAGAAGCACCUGAAGGUAGAAAAUGUCGGUAAUCGAAAAACUAGUAAAAGAAAACUAAAAAGUUAUCUGACGGAGGGAACGAUAGACAUCAAUGAAGCGAAAGAAAAAGCUCCUGCAAAAGUAUUAAACACAAGAAAAAAGAAACGACAAAAACUGGAAGAAAUAGAGGAAGUUGUAGUGGAUGGCGGUGGUUGUUCAGCCGAAGUAGAAUUUGAAGAAGAGAACUUGGAUCUUAAUAUGUAUGCUUAUUGUCGGCUUUGUUGUGUAAAGUAUGAAUAUGGUAAUAACCGUAGUUUGGACAGCUUGGGAGACGAUGAAACCGUAACGUGCUUACUGAGUAUCAGUUUGAUUGAAUCACCUGCAUUUACAUCAGCCCAACAAAUAUGCAUGUUAUGUUACGACCAGUUUACGAAUUUCGUUCAAUUUCUCAAAGUAUGUCAUCGCGGUCAGUUGAAUUUAAUGCUACAACUUUCAGAUCAGCAGGGUAAACCGGAAGAGAAAUCCACUGAUGAAUUACAUCUAGCUGAAGAGAGUUCUACUAAACAAGGAGAGCAGUUUGAAGAAGAUACCGGCUCAUAUAUGGAGGAAAGCGACUCUGAUCUUUCUGAGAACAUAGUACAAAAUGAACCUGUUGACACAAGACCGGAAUCAGAACUACCAACUAUCAAUUUUGAAAGUAGCGAUCCUGCGAAAACGAUAGACUAUAUUGAUCAGUUGAUAACAGAAAUGGAUCAAUUAAAGUUCAAGAAACAUCAACAUAAACCAGGCAGGGAUUACGAAUGCAAUGAUUGUGGUAAGGUUUUUCAGCGCAGUCACGUGCAUAGAGCUCACCGGAAACAUUGUUCGCUGGUCGGGAAUCCACUUUCACUACGGAAUAAACGUUACGAUUGCCCUCUUUGUCCCAGAACGUCCAUUCAAUCGCUCAGCGGUUUUCGCUACCAUUUAUGGAAUAUCCAUCGAGGGAUAAUACAACCAAACGGCAAUAACGAUCACGUACCGGAAGAACUGAUGAAGAUGUAUAUAAGAAAAUCCUACCCAUGUUCGUUGUGCAAGGAUACUUUCGGUUCCCGAAAUCAGCUGCGGUACCAUCUAUUGACACAUAAACGAGUCCUACAGGGCGGUCCGGGCUUCAGAAAACGCUUCAGUGAUCACCCGAACGCAUCCUAUUCAGUGUUAUGCAAUUUUUGUGGAAAAACCAUGAAUUCGCUUGCAGCCCUCGAGUUGCACAUGAAAUUUCAUAAGAAGCAGAAAGAUGUCAAAUGCGAAAAGUGUGAAAAAAUGUUUUACCAAACUCAUGAUAUGCAGAUACAUAUGGAAUCGGUUCAUUUGAACAUCAAACAUCCGUGUGAUAUCUGCGGCAAGGUGCUAGCGGCCAAGAAACUGUUAGUCAAUCAUAAGCGGUUGCACGAUGAAUCAGCUCUUAGGCGGUGUCCAUACUGCCCUAAGGCUUACACCCAGAACUCAGCCCUGAAGUAUCACAUCAACAAACAUCACAGCUUGAUACCGGAACCGGUGAAGGGAGGUGUUGGCUGUGAUAUUUUAAAGGAAGACAAACAAAUCGAUGUUGAUGCCACUACGAUGGGUACAUCGGCUUCUGAUUUCACAAUUUUUUGAAGUGAAUUUGGAUAUGAAGACUGAAGGAAUCAGAGCAUAAAAGUCACCCUGCUACCUUGAAACGCGCUGAAAAAGGGUAACAAACUGUGUAAUCAGGUAAGCUAGAUAGAUUAUUAAAUUUGAAUUUCGAAAUCGGCUUUCUAGCAUCUGCCGAGUGAUAUUCACAUUGUCUGUUUCAAAAACCUUACCAUUCUAUCGAUGUGUUAUUCAACUAUUGACUGAAUCUUUAAAAAAAAAUCAAGUUAUUUUAAUUCAGAACAACCAAAUUUUAAGUUUCUUACAAAUUUGAACCUUCCGGUAACAAUUCCUUUCACGCUACAUUAUCUUAAAAACCCAAAUGUCACAUGUGCAAAAUACACGAAAAACAAAACUUUGAAAACGUGUUUCUCAAUUUGCUUUUUCUACACAAAAGAUUCAUCACAUAUUCGCAGGAGGGCAUUUGGAUUACCGUCUUGGAUUUGAUUUGAGCAACAUCAUAACCUCAAGGCCUAAUUACAGUUCGCGUAAAAGUUAGCAUGAAAAAUCUACAGUUCUAAGAGGAGGUUUUAAAAGCGAGGCCAGUUGAAAUUCAUGUUUCAAGUUGAAACUUUCAACCAUUCCAAUCGAUCCUAUCAUAUCACUAAGCCUCCUAACCAUCUCACGUUGUUGAGUUAUGUCGAAAUAAGAUGAUUUCGUGUUUAUUUUUACACGAACUGUAAAAAGGCGUUUUUACUGAUCAAUUUGGUAAUACCGUUUCAAUUUUCAAGGGAGGUUUCAUGGAUU